AUGGGGGUCGGAUAUUGGCGUUGCUGUUUAUGCUCAAGCACAUCAGUGUCUAGAUCCAAGACGAGUCGAUGCCGUUGUAAAAGCUGCAAGAUGCCUGCUGGCACCAAGAACGCCUUCGCACUUCUCGGCAACUCUGACUCCGAAGAGGAGGAGAAGGAGCAGCAGCCAGAGGUUGAAGAGACCUACGAAGCAGCGCCUGCGGUGGAGUUGGAGCCGGAGCCAAAGAAGAAAGGCAAAAAGAAGGGGAAGGCUGAGGCAGCCCCCGCCCCUGCGGCCCCGGCGCCGGUGGAGACCCCGGCCCCUGUGACCUCCAAGCCGUCCUCCAAAGCUGCAGCGCAGCCGGCGAAGAAGGAACCUGAGAAGGUGGAGAAGAAGGAGAAGGGCGAAAAGGGCGACAAGAAGGCAAAGCCGGCUGUUGCCGCGAAGAACAAAUUUUCUGCGCUGAUGGGCGACAGCGACGAGGAGAGCGACGAUGAGUAG